UUUUUUCAUUUAAUUUCUUUAUUAGAGAGGAAUCCUAUUAGUGUGUGAGAUAUACACACUAUGUCCAACAGAAUUCAGACACCCACUUUAAUUAGUGAAUUGAGCUGUUUUAAGGUGCACCUACUGCUGACACAGACGUUAAUUUUGUGCUUAUAGAGUAGGAUGCUCAGGAGCAGCCAUGCAUGGACUUAAGGUUGCCCUUCCCAAUGCCAUGUGUUGGAUAAAGGGGUAUAAAGCCCUCCAGUAAUGAGCUGUGGUACAGUGAUUGAACACCACUGAAUAUACAGUACAAAGUGGUAAUUAGAGUAUAAAGUAUAAAGUGGCAAUUGUAGAGUGUAAAGUGUAUUAUAUUCCAAAACAAAUCUUCCAACAUCAGAGCCUGACCUCACUAGUGCUCUUGUGAUGGAAUGCAAUCAAAUUAUCACAGCAAUGUUCCAAAAUCUAGUCUAAACCCUCUCCAACAUUAUAAAAAAUGUAAAAAUAAGUUGUAAAGAUUUCUGGAUAUUUUUAGUGCAUUUGGUAUAAUUUAUUGAAGGUAUCCAUUUUAAGCUAUUAUUUUAUUAUUAAAAUUCAAAUGCAAAUGAAAAAAGUUUUUACUUUUUGUGAGCUUUUACUCUCUGCAAUAUCUCAAGUAGUCUGCGAAAGCCGUAUAGUCCAUUAUGGUAACUUUAAAACACUAUGAAAUAAUCAGUUUACACUAUUUGGUUAAUGUGUGUUCUGUGUUUUUUCAAAUAGGCAACCAGAUGUCAUUCAGACAGCCCCGCCCUCCAGCGCUAGGAUUGGCGGACUGCACUGGAGGGCGGGGCACGAGGGAAUAUCGAUAGGCAAAAUAACUCCCGGGGGCGGGGCUCUCCAGGCCGGCGUUACCAUGACGCUUGUAUACAACUCGUCUCUGUUGCAGUGUGGUGUUUUCAGCUCUGACAAGGAGGACGGCUAACUUCAUGCUAACUUCAUGCUCAACAAACAAGGUUGAAAUGAAGGCUUACCUUAAAACUCUAAACUGGAUAUUUAAACUCAAGUCCAAGCGCACCACGGUGGGAAGACACAAGGAUGCUGAUCUCUGUCUACAGAAUGGUGGUGUGGAGGAGCACCACGCUACUAUAGAAUGGAGUGAGGUGGAGCACUGUUAUGUUCUGAGUGACCUGAACUCUGUCCAUGGCACUUACGUUAAUGACUGUCGCAUACACAACGCAGCAGUGCGCCUUACACCUGGAGACGAACUUCACUUUGGCUAUGGAGGCUCAACCUAUGAGCUCAUACUGGACACUAAAGAUGCACUCCCUGUUCUACCUGCCCAGUCUGCUGUCCCCACAGCCCGGACAAGGAGUCGUGCACGGUCCCCUCCUGUUACCCCACGUCCCCCUGAUAGGCCUCGGCCUGCCAGCGCAGGAGCGAAAUGCGCUAGUUUGGCUCCAAAGACUUCAAAAUCCUGGGGCCACUCUUACAGAGCAGGAAGCUGGUGCAGCAGCACAGGAAGAGAACUCUCUCUGAGAAAUAUAACUGCGUCACAGAGCUCUAACAGCAUGCAGGACUUAAUACAGGACAAGGAGGAGACCUGGGUGAGACAAGGUGAGGACCUGGGUGGUGUGAUCAUGUGUGAGGGAGAAGCUCAGAGGAAAGAAUGUCUGAUUGCGGCUCUGAAGGAUGAGGUGUCAGCACUCCGGCUGCAACUUGCUCAGAGCAGUCAGAGUGACCCUGAUGUCCGACACAAACUCAACAACUUGGCCAGAGACAUCCAGGAGAAAAAAGAGGAAAUCCAGCAGCUAAAGGAACAGAUGCUGGAGAUGCAGAAGAAUUCAGGUGAGCUUGUUGCUCAGGCUGUGGCAGAGAGAGAGCAGAGGAUCAGCAGUCUGAGAGCACAGCUGGCUAACCUCAAGAGUGAAAACAGCAAGUGCACAGCACUGGUGAACAGUCUGCAGAGGGACCUGGUGGCUCGGGAGAAGCAGACGUUGAAGCUGGCUGCUGAGGUUGACAAACUCAGACAGGAUGUGAGAUAUAAAGAUGCUCAGCUUAGCAACAUGGCUACUAAGUUAUCACAGAUGAAAGAGACUGAGAAGCAUCAAGAAGAGUUUCUUGCCCAAGAAAAGGAGGUGGAAUCGCUCAAGAAGACUGUAGAGAGGUUGGAGAGGACUCUGAGAGAGAAACAGAAUGAGCUAAAGCAGCAGAACACAGAGAGAGACUCCCUCAAACACAGACUGGAGCUGAUGACGCAGGAGCAAGUCUCUGUUCAGACUGAGAUGAGCAGACUGAAGGUUCUGCAGCAGCACACGCUCCAGAGAGAAGAGAAAGCUCAAACAGAGCUGAGACACUCACAGACAAGGCUCGAGAAUCUUUUCAGUCAGAUAAAAAAAUGCAUACUCCUCACUUCCGAAACCGUAUCAGAGAAAGAGGUGUUGGAGCAUUUGUCAGAGUUAGCAGAACAGAAGGAGGAGUUCAGGUCCAGAAUGAAGGAGCUGGAGCAACAACUUCAAGAACACACUGAUAACCAGAAGCUUGUGGAGGAAGACAGUGAGAAACUCAAGGCCAGACUGGCUGAAUGGCAGAUUCAUGCAAAGAAAGUGUGCAUGAUGGAUGCAAUACAGAGCCAAAUAUCUGCCCUUCAGGAUGAGAGUGUGUGUCCUGCUGUCAGUUGGGUUCUGACUCACACACUCUCUAUACUGACCAGUCUACACACACUGCUGCAGGACGCUGUGAACAGACUGCAGGCGGCAGGAAUUGAGGUGUCUGAGAGAAAUGGAGGAGUGUCAGGGGCCAUACAGGCUUUGUGCCAUCAGUGUCUGGAAAUUCAAGCAGAACUCAAGAAUCUGAAGGCAGAGAAGGAGCAGCUUGAAGAGAGAGAAGCCCAGGCUGGUGAAUUGCAGGACAGUCUGGAAGCCAUGAAACAAGAACUGGAACUUCAGAAACUACAGGUUGCAGAAAGACAGACAGAGAUGGAGAACAUUGUGAAGCUUCAACUGGAGAAGAUGAAGACUGAUCUGGAGUCAGCCAGAAUAGCAGAAGUUGCUCUGCGUUUGGAGAUGGAGACACGGCAGGCAGACUGGAUCGCCAAACUGGAGGAAGCAAAGGAAAAAGAAAGGGAGCUGAGAGAGAAAGUCAGGAAAAGAGAAAAACAAGAGGAGCAAUGGAGGGAGAGAAAACUGGAGGAGGAAGAAAGAGAAAGAGAGUGGUUGAGACAAAUGGAGGAGGCCCUGCAGAGAGGGGCAGAGGAGGAGAGAGAGAGGAUCAGAGUGGAGAUCGAUGAGUACAGGGAGCAGGUGCGGCAGCACGCUCACACCAUUGUCGCCAUGGAAAAGCAAGUGAGCACAGCCCAGCAGAGAGGGCAAGAGAUGCAGGAGGAGAGAGACUCAUUGACACAGCAGCUCACAGAGGCACUCAGCAGACUGGAGGAAGACAAGCCCAGCAUUGCACUUGAGCAAUCAAAAGAGCAACAGCAACUGGAGCAGACAGUCACAUCUCUCAGGGCAUCGCUUGGAGCAUCCCAGCAGGAAGUGGUCAGGCAGGGUGAGGUCAUCACUUCUCUGAGUCGUGACCUGGCACAUGCCCACGCUCGCCUCUCUGACCUCACAGGGGAACUGAGUGAACAGCAGAAAAUGGAGCUGGAGACACACAAAGCUUUAGUGGUGGAUCAGAGGAUGCAAUUGAGCAUGCUCACUCAGAAACUAACCAUGACCUCGCAGCUUCUGGAACAGAAAGAUGAGGAACUGAAGACACUGAGAGAGAAGCUGAUACAAACAGAGAAGGAUUUGAAGAGUAAAACAGUAGGCCAGGAGUACACCAGCCUUGUUCCUCUGCUACAAACUAAGGAUGCAUCCCUUAUGGUAAGUCCCAGCGAUCUUACCCCUCAGAGUUCAAAGGGCAAAAGUCAUCGCCAUGAAGAAAUGAUACGUCAGCAGAGAGAAACCCUCGCUGAGAUGAGAGCGAGGAUCAGAGCUGUUGAACAGAAGUGGCCCAGCAAGCUGUUAGGCCAGCAGGUGGAGCCAGUGAUGCAGGGCCGAAUGAAGACUCACAGGCCUCAGAGAUUUAAAGCACAAAGGGGUUCCAUCAGCUCUGUGAGCGGCUUUGCCUUCCCUGAGGCUCUGAGUGAGGCAGCAUUGGAGCGCACAGCAAGGCUGGACAUGUCGGAUGCUCUGGAGCUAAGCGAGAGGACUUAUGUGGACUUGGCGCGGGCGCUGUGUGAAGCUUUAGAGUUGAGUCAGGGGCAGCUUUCAGGAUGCGUCCCACUGAAGCACCUCCCGCCUGCAGAGAGAGAACGGCUGGCCUCACUCAGACAGGACGACCUGGAGCUGUUCCGAAACCGCUUGGCUCUGCAGAACAGCCAGAGCCAAAACACACACCUGCUACUGCAGCAGAGCCAGAGGGAGAUACACACACUCAGGGAGAGCCAAGCUGCGGGUCAGCAGCUGCAGGCCGAGCUGGACAGUGUGCAUACUGAUCUAGAAGCUAUGAAGCAGGAGAGCGCUGCACUCCGCCAGGCCCUGCAGCUUACCAAGACCCAGCUGCAGAACCACCGAGACCAGAGCUCCACUAAGAACCGCAAGGGAAUAGACGGGAAGAGUGGAAGAAUUGGCCAUCACAACUGUAUACCGAAUGACAACUAUGACAAGGUAUCAGUGCUAAAAAGAAGGCAGCAGCAGGACAGAAGAAGGAGAAGAGAGGCCGAGGUGGACGUACUGAAGAGUGAGCCGGGGCACAAAGAGCAGGCAGUGUGUAAAAUGGCUGCUCAGUUGACCAGCGUGCCACAACAACAACAAAGCAUUGAGCUCACUGAGGCCCACUGACAUAGACAGAAAAAUGCCUUGGAGUGAGUGUCUUGCAAACUGCUGUGGUGCCUUACUGUUAUAGUAAUUGUAGCUACACCCACCUGGAGGCCAGUUGGUUUAUCUUAAAGUGACAGCUAACAUGGCUAAUGAACAGAAAAAGUCGUUGGUCACCCAAAUGUUUUUCAUGAAUAUAUAAAAAAAACACUUCUCUGAACAUGCUCAGACCACAUCCCGAUCUUCAUUAAGAUUGAGUGGUUUAGAGCACAGUAUGACUUACUGUGAGCUAUAAAAAUGAACAAAACUUCACUGUGUAGUUGAACUCUAAGGGCAGCUACUUUAGACAGCAGGUGCUGUGUCAAAUUACAGCUCCCCUUCACGUGCACACACAUUACACAAACAUUUGGAUACUAGAUUACAUUCAUGAUUUUUGCUGUUUUCUGUUUUUAAAUAAACAUAUUUAGUUACAUGGUACAGAUGAAGGGUGAAGGGUGAAGUUGUUUUCAUUUUUAUAGUUCACAGUGAGUCACAUUGUGGCCUAAAUCACAUCGACAGGUCUGCGCGACCUUGAAUAUCUAAAUGUGAUUUGAGCGGAUUGAGAGAAGUUUUGGUUUAUGUAUUUAAUGUAUUUAUUUAAUCUGGGUGAGUGUUGACUUCCAGUGUUUCUUAGUAACAUUAGAAUUGUGGCUCCAGUUUAAAAGAAGUAAAAUGUGGACAUCAAACAUGUCUUGGUUUGUCGACUACAUCUGGGGAAAGUGGAAAACCGUGUAAAUUUGAUUUUUCACUGAAUGAUUCUUUGAAAGUGACAUCAUUAUGUCAUUUACAUUAUCACUUUACACAGUUUCUCCUUUACCCCAAAUGUAGUCAGUCAGCCAAGACUUGUCUGCUGGCUGAAGGUUUCUUCUUUAGUGGUAUAGCUAUGACAUUAAUGUAGCUAACAAGUAGUGCUUAUAACAUCCCUUAUAUUAUGCCUAGAUAAUCAUAAACUUUCUUUAAAUGAUGUUAUGAGCACAUAUCAUAUAGACUUGUCUAUGUGGUUUCAGUCACUGUAUAACAACUUGUUAUCUGUAAAAAAAGGUUAGGUUUUGCAUGUUGCACAGCUAAAAACAGUAGUAGUAGCCAUCUUAAAGCCCAAAUUAUGUCCAUAUUUUUGUGUAAAUGUGAUUUUUCCCUAAACUUUCUUUAAUCAUCUCUAUAAUCAGAUCUAAUUGUACUUUCCACUGCAGAUCUACACACUACAAAUAUAUUGUUUACUUCUUUGUGGAAUGACAAGAACUGUAAAGUGUUUCUGUGCUUGUCUGUACUCAGUUAGCACUUAUUACAGCACAUAUAUGUAUAUGUUUAAAUGGCUCUGUUUAAAUAAAGCUCCACACUUUCACUCAGA